AUGUUUUCCCCCCUUGGAACCUUUGGAAAGCAUUUUCCCAUUGUUCAAUGGACAUCUUUUGUUUCUUUGGAUCCCUUUGUGGCUCGAGGAAGAUUUUCCUUUUAUUUUCAUAACAAAUUGUUCUCCUUUCAAAUCCCCGAAUUUGAAGUUGAACAAGAAAUGCAAGAACACAGAAAAAUGACCAUGAAAAGGGAGAUGGAAAAGACUUUAUUGGGAAGAAAAGCAGAUGAUGAGGCAGAAAAAUUCUUUAUGGCCAAACUUGUCAUAGACAAAGACGAAAAUGAAUGA